AUCAGUGACAUAUCGGUGUUUGUGUUGUGCAUUUUGCAAAUUUUGCAAUUAUAAAAUCACUGGAUAUCCGGUAAAAUAUAUGCUUUGUGCUGUGUUCAUCUCACUGACUGUUGUCCUGAGCAUCAAAUCUUAAUGAGAAGCGCACUUGCUUGAGACGUUACGCGGAGGAACUCGGGGAGAAUGCACGCCCAUCGAGGCGCCAGCCUUGCCAAGGAGGCGGCCGCCGAGGAGUUAUCAUCGGUCGAAAAAUACGAAUUAGAGUGGAUUGAACUUUGCACGGAUCUCUCGCAGUGUGAGCACUUGCUGAAGCUCCGCGAGAGAGCGAUCGAGGGUGACUUGAAGGUCUCCAAGUUCCGGAGUAUUUGCUGGGCUCUGCUGCUGCGAGCCUUCCAAUAUGAUCCGGUCAAUUGGCUGUUGCAGAGAAGGGAGGCGCGUUUGGCGUACCGCGAGCUGAAGACACAGUUCAACCAUAAUCCCUACCAAGGGAAUCUCUCGAGCAAUGAUGACCCACUUUCGCAAUCCAACGAGAGCGUGUGGAAUCAGCACUUCUGCGAUCAGGAGUUGAGCAAGCUCAUUCGACAGGAUGUCCAGCGAACCUUUCCGGGGAUUGACUUCUUCAGGAAGGCCUCGAUCCAGGAAAUAAUGACAAACAUUCUCUUCUGCUAUGCUCGAAGCAAUCCUCUCAUUUGCUACCGUCAAGGAAUGCAUGAACUCCUCGCGCCGCUGAUCUUUAUUAUUCACAGUGAUCAUCGCGUGUUGUCUCAUGUGCAGGAUCUCGUCAAGAGUGUUAAUCACACUCUAGAGGAGCUUUUGGAUCCAGAGUUCCUUGAAGAAGACAGCUAUGCUCUCUUUGUAAAGCUUAUGGAGAAGAUGGAAAAAUAUUACAAAAUCAGUGGAAUUGUUCCAGAUCCUUCAGGACAUUUGCCUUCCGUCUCCAGCACCUCAUCAAGAGCAUCCAAAGAUAAUGCCGUUGGCGAAAUUGAGAAAUACGUAAAGUCCCUCCAAAAUAACAUUCUCGCUCGGCAUGAUAUUCAACUACAGGAUCACAUGGCUAAGCUAGAUGUGCCUCUCUCAAUUCUGGCCAUUCGAUGGUUCCGCGUUCUCUACGGCCGUGAGUUCUCCUUUAUGGACAUUCUCAUCCUCUGGGAUGCGAUUUUUGCCUCUGGAAGUGAUCUCGAGCUUAUUCCCUAUGUCGCUGCAACAAUCCUCAUAAGUGUCCGAGAUGUUGUUCUUACGGCGGACUAUUCCACAGUCAUCAACACACUGAUGAAGUAUCCGAAUCCUGUAGAUAUCAGCCUCAUCGUCAAAUACUCUCUCCACAUGAUGCGGCCAGAGAAGUACUUAAGACCCAGUGGAGUAUUCGUCUACGUUCCUCCGCGGUACAUCAAGCAGAUCUCUCUGGACUCGCCGCGAUCGAUGACUCUGCCGAAGAACAACGCCCUGUUCGCUUCACGUCCUCGCAGAGAGAGUGAGAGACAGAGGACGUCCUCCUUGUCGAGGAUUCACACCUCGCACUACCUGCAGAACUUGGCUGUUAUGAAUGUGAUGACUGACACGAAUCUGGACUACCACGACAGCGAAGUGGUGGAGGGAUACUUGGUGAACGAUCCGACUGUCAUGCGACUGGAACUCCUGCAUGCAUACAGUAUUAUGAACAUAACAAAGUCAAAACUGCUGCGAUAUCUCACGGUUCUGAAGCAACAUGCGCCCGGACAUGGAGCUCAUGAGUACUACCGGGUCAUGGAUGGUAUUGAGGAGCUCUGUGAUCUUCUGGCAUCGCGACAUUCUGCUUCCACGAGUGUUCGCCAGCCUCCUGUGGAGCCGGCCCUUGAAGCCAAUGAGACUGGACAUGGGAGACCAUUGGAUGCUCCUCAUCCGCCCAACACUCUGCCUCUGGCACGUCGCCGGAAGCCCAAAAUGCCGGAGAGAAGCGACUCAGCACGGAAUCUCAGGAGAACUGACAUUGAUCACUCAUUCGAGGUGGUGCCAGUGGAAGAGCCCUUGACUUACCGUGGUGAUCAAUCACACUGGACAACAGACAGUGACGGGGAAGUCACUUCUGGCAGUUAUGAGAAGCCCAACACAAUCCUGUCGCGAAAGAUGGCCAAGAUCAUCGGAGAUCGGAAGUCUUUGGAGAUGAAGAUUAUGCAGAGACAUGGGGGAGCUUCUGGCAGCAACGAUCGCACUGAGGAUCAAGUGAUUGCACAGAAAAUCGUUCCACAUCCUGAGAAGAUGAAGUAUCCUUCGAGUGAACAAUGAAUUUUCCUUUUGUCGAAUGUUUUAUGUGAUACCGACAGCUUCAAAUUUUGAAGAGAUUUUUUUUACAUGAUCUAAGAAUGAAUGUAUUAACACAUUUACAUAAUCACAAAAUAAAGAUUAUAUCUGAG